AUGGCUCCAACUGACUUAAUCCUCCCGUCCAACUCCCUCGUCCUUGUCACUGGUGCCAGCGGCUACAUCGCCAGCCACAUCGUCGACCAGCUCCUCGAACGCGGCUACCGCGUCAGAGGCAGCGUCCGCAACGCCGCCAAGAGCAGCUUCCUGAAUGAAUUGUACAGCAAACGCCACGGUGAUGGCAAAUUCGAACUCAUUGGCAUUGCGGAUUACAUGAAGCCUGAAGGCUACACUGAGGCCCUCAAAGACGUCACGGGCGUAAUCCACACCGUAGGCGACACAUCCUUCUCCCCAGACCCAGACGUCACAGUCCCCAACACAGUCGCGAUAGCAACCUCCCUCCUCACCGCGGCGCUCUCCAUCCCCGCCAUCAAACGCGUGGUCUUCACCUCCUCCUCCGUCGCCAUCGCUUUCCCCGAGCCAAACAAAGUCUUCCCCGUCAACGCCUCCAUCUUCAACGACGGCAUCAUCGCCGCCGCCUACGCCGCCCCAAAACCCUACGACCCCAAUAACUUCAUGCAAUCCUUCCUCGCCUACGCCGCUAGCAAGGUCUCCGCGGAGCACGCGAUCGAGAAAUUCGUCGCCGAGCAGAAACCCAAGUAUGCGAUCAAUGUCAUCUGCCCUAAUACCGUCCUCGGCGAGGUUCUGGCGCCGGAGCACCAGGAUGGCAGCACCUCGGGGUUGGUCACGAGCUUGUAUACGGGGAAGAAGGGGACGUGGAGUUUUCUUCCGCCGCAGUAUUAUGUUAAUGUGAAGGAUGUGGCGAGGUUGCAUGUUGCGGCGCUGAUUGUGCCGGGCGUGGAGGGGGAGAGGCUGUUGGGGUAUGCGAAGCCGUUCUCGCAGACGGAGAUUUUGGGGUAUCUGAGGAAGUUAGAGCCGGGGAAGGAGUUCGAGAAAGAUCCGGAGGGCGAAGGUAGGGACGUUAGUGAGGUGGAUAGUAAGCGGAGUGAGGUAUUGGUGAAGGUUUUGAAGAACGGGGAGGGUUGGACGAGUCUGGAGGAGACGGUGGGGGACAACGUGAAGCAUUUGCAGGGGAAAUAG